CGGCGCUAAAUCUUUCUUCUAGGCCACGACUUUUGGACUAAACAAUAAUCAGUAUUAUUAGACUUUUAGACCGUAUGCGUUAGAAUUUGAUUUCCUUUUUGAAGAAGAUGACAAAACCAGCUGCCAUGGAUUUAUUGCUGUAGCUGACACUGAUUUUCUAGCUCUCAGUAGUGCAGUGCACGGAGUACUUGAUUUCUCAUUCUAUCUCAAGUCCUUUGCUCAAAAGCCUCAGAUUCCAUGCCCCUGUUUCUGAAUUUCAGAAAAAUCAUACCCCUCUAAGGUUAUGUUUCUUCUCAUAACUGGAUAUGGAUCAUCGACUUAAAAGGUUGCCUGACUCCUAUUUAAACAGACUUGACCCGGAGAAUGAAGUCAUUUUUUCUACAAUUCAACAACCAUUGGAUAUUCCAGACGUCCACAAGGAUGCGCCUUCAAUUACACAAUUUCCUAACCUUGGUACUUAUUCUCCUACUCUGGACACUGAUUACGUGCAUAAGUACCUUAGCCAGUUUCUAUUGGAGGAGGAGAGCAUUGAUGGGAACAAUCUGAACAUAUUUUUUGAUCCCAUUGCUCUUAGUGCUACUGAGAAUUCAUUCUACGAAGCCUUGUAUGACAACCCUUCAUCACCUGUUCACAGUAAUGCUGGAAGCUCCAGGUAUGGGGUUGAGCGUAUUGAUCUCCAUAACUCUGACAUUCUGUCUAUUGUUGAUCCCAGGGAAUCUGAAUCAUCUGUAGCCUGUAGGCAUCCUGAUACCCCCGUUAAGUCAUCAAGUCAGGCUAACUCGGAUGGGUUAAACAGUUCUUUAUAUACCUUUGAUAGUGAAUUGUUUUCUCAAAUGGACGCUUUCCUAAGUGCUAAUUCGGUUAGUAAAGUAUUUUUUAAUGAUGAUGCUGAGGCCAUCUUGCAAUUCAAGAGAGGUGUAGAUGAUGCUAAUCGAUUCCUUCAUGCCAAUAAACACUUGGUUAUCAAUUUGGAUAACUACUUGGUUUCUCCAGAUCUGUAUAAUGGAAAGAAGCAUUACCAUUCAGACAAAAGUGGGUCAGAAGAAGAAAGCAGAAGCAAGCACUGUGCAGUGUAUGAGGACAUUGAGUUAUCAGAGGUGUUUGACAAGGUUUUGCUAUGUUCUGAUGAUAAUGAUUGUCUACCUAGAGUCGGCACACAACAGAACACUCGAAGUGGUCACAAGAGACAUUUAAAGAAAGGGAGAGAUAGUGGUGAAGUUGUGGAUCUGGAGUCUCUUUUAGUCAGCUGCGCACAAUCUGUUGCUGAUGCUGAUUAUAGGGCUGCAAAAGAUAAAUUACAAAAGAUCAGGCAGCACUCUUCGCCUACUGGCGAUGCAAACCAAAGGCUGGCUAAUUAUUUCGCUGAUGGUCUUGAGGCACGAUUGGCUGGAUCUGGGACGCAAUUAUAUGUGGCUUUAACUCCUAAUAACACCAUAAUUGCAGAGAUGCUAAAAUCCUAUAUGUCAUCUUGGCCAUGGAUGAGAUUAUCAAUUUUCUUUGCAAACAGAAUGAUUUACGAAGUAGCUUCAAAUGGUGCAUCACUGCACGUUAUAGAUUUUGGUAUUCUUUAUGGUAUCCAGUGGCCAACACUUAUCCGGGAUCUUUCACAAAGACCUGGUGGCCCUCCAAAACUUCGAAUAACAGGGAUUGAGCUUCCCCAACCUGGAUUUCGUCCAUCACAAAUGGUAGAUGAGACCGGUCGCCGCUUGGCAAAAUAUUGCGAGCAUUUUAAUGUACCAUUUGAGUACAAUGCCAUAACAAAAAUGAAUUGGGAGAGAAUUAAGAUUGAUGAAUUGAAGCUUGUGAGUGGCGAGGUAGUUGCUGUAAACAGUUUAGUUCGGUUCCAUCACUUAUUGGAUGAGACAGCAGUUGGUGCGGAUAGUCCUAGGGAUGCUGUUUUAAAGUUAAUCAGGGAAGUAAAUCCUCAUAUAUAUGCUCAAACUGUGUGCAGUGGACCUCAAAACUCUCCUUUCUUUGUUACUCGGUUUCGAGAGGCUCUCCUCUUCUAUACUGCUAUCUUUGAUUUGCUUGAUGCUACUUUACCGCGCCAUGAUAAUCAGAGAUUGAAUUUGGAAAAAGAAUUCGUGGGACGCGAAAUAAUGAAUAUUGUAGCAUGUGAGGGAAAGGAAAGGUUACAAAGGACUGAAACAUGCAAGCAGUGGCAAUCUCGCAUCAUGAGGGCUGGGUUCAAGCCCAUGGCUGUAAACCCUAGACUUGCGAAGAAGUUAAGAUACGAGGCAAGGGAAGGAUAUGACAAAGAUUUUCUGUUUCUGGAAGAUGGCAAUUGGAUAAUCCAGGGAUGGAAAGGUCGGAUUAUUGGCGGCAGCUCUUGCUGGGUAGCUGCAUGACAGGCUCACAAGUCACAACCUGUGUUAGUCUAAAGUAGUUGAACUCGUUGUCUAUGCAGCAUGAGAUUUCGUUGAAUUCCAAUAUGAAUAGGAUACAAAAGCACAACUUGGAGUGGACAAUACAGACUCACCUAAGGCAAUUACGGAGUCCUAUUUUGAUUUGUGUUGUGAUAAGCUUUCAACACAUUAAAACACUGCUGAUAUAUAGUAUUUUAGAAACAGAGACAACUAACACUGAACACAGGGACUGAUUGAUAGUAGAUGAUUUUGUUGUUGAAUGUUUUGCUAAUAUCAAGUUCAGACAUUAUAUAUUUGAGAAAACAGCUUGUAGGUCUGGAGUUCUGAUAUACUAUCGUAUAUCCACAUCCUUCAUCAUCGAGAGAACCAUAUAGCCUGACAAUUGAACUGGAAUUGGUACAGCGAACCGGCCCAAUCCCAGUCUACCUAUAUAGUGCAUUUAAUGGGCAGUAUCUGUUUGAUAGGAGGCUGGGGGUGGUAAAAUAUAUCAUACAACCGGCUUUAUCGUGCGCAUGGUACAACCGAACUUUUUUGGGGCUUUUGCGCUUGGCUUCGCACCAAACUUCUCCAAUCUAGCUUCGCACCAGACUUCUCGAAUCUGGCUUCGCACCGGACUUUGCACCUGGCCUCUUCAAUCUCGUUUGACUUCUUUGAUC